AUGGCUGCUUCAUCACCUCCCCAUGUAGUAAUCUUCCCAUUCAUGGCUCAAGGCCACACUCUUCCAUUGCUAGACAUAUCCAAGGCAUUAUCAUUCCGUGGCCUCAAAGUAACCAUCAUCACCACCCCAUUAAACGCACCGUUCAUCCACUCCAAAGUCUCAGACCACAUCUCAUCAAUCUCAGUCUCAGUCAUCCCAUUUCCAAUUGUUCCAGACUUGCCACAAGGCUGUGAAAACACUGCUAAUCUUCCUUCGGUUUCGCUAGACAUAUUAGCUUCCUUCAUCACAGCCACCAAAAACAUGAAGCAGCAUUUUGAAGCUCUUCUUAAGGAGAUGGUCGAAACUGGUUCCCGCCCAAUUUGUGUAAUCUCUGACUUCUUCCUCUAUUGGACUCUCGACACAUGUCGCUCUUUUAACAUUCCUAGGGUUGUGUCUCAUGGAAUGGGGGUGUUACCCAUGUUGAUUCUCAAGCAUAAUUCCGACCCAUGCAAAACGUCGUCUGAGUUUGACGUCAUAGAGUUACCAAGUUUGACACUUCCAUUCACAUUGAACGGGUCAGACCUGCCCGUUUGUGACCCUGAUGAUCCGUUUACCAGGGUCAUAUUAGAGGUUGAGGAAGCAGACAAGAAUAGCUGGGGUGUGAUUGUGAAUAGCUUUCAAGAGCUCGAAGGUGAGUACGUGACCGCAUUGGAAGGUUUGUACUACAAAGAGGCCAGGGCAUGGUGCGUGGGGUCAGUUUUGCUCUACGAUUAUAUUCAAGAGCAAUCUAGAGCGUCCGAUGGUAAGAGUCAAUCCUGCGGUCCGUACAUCGAGUGGCUGGAUAAGCAAGAGGGAACCAGUGUGGUGAUCUACGUGUCAUUUGGUACACAAGCGCGAUUGUCCAACGAACAGAUGGACGAGAUUGCUUAUGGACUAGAGAUGGCGGGGCAACGCUUCAUUUGGGUUGUCGGAUCAUCAGGGAUGUGGGUUCCAGAUGAAGGGUGGAUGAGAAGGGUGGAAGGGAGAGGGUUGGUUGUACGUGAUUGGGUAGACCAGCGGAGUAUCCUAGCGCACCCGAAGGUGGGCGGGUUUGUGAGUCAUUGUGGGUGGAACUCAGUGUUGGAGAGCUUGUCAAUGGGGGUGCCACUAUUAGCUUGGCCAAUCGAAGCGGAGCAACCAUUGAACGCCAAGUUCGUUGCAAUGGGGCUCAAAGCAGGGCUGAUGGUUUCAGAAGAGAGGGUCAAGACUAUUGAUAGGCAUGUGAUAUGUGAUGGAGUGAAGGAGUUGAUGGAAAGUGAGAAAGGGAAGAGUGCUAGGGAAAGGGCAAGAGAAUUAGGGACAAUGGCUUGGAAUGCUGUCAAGAAAGGUGGUUCGUCUGAUGAAAAAUUGGAUGAAUUGAUCAAUCGACUCAUUGACAUCAAGAGGGAUUAA